ACUUCAAACCCUAAAUAUCCGUCAGUUGAACUCCUAACAUAUGACCACCAACUUGGAAAUCAUUGCCAUCUCACUUCUUCCCCAUUUACACCACCACCAAUGAUACCUCUCUAGCCCCUGAUGGCCCUCCUGAAAUCAUGCAAAACCCCGGAAGCCCUACGCCAAACCCACGCCCACCUGCUCGUGACCCAGAGCCUCGACCCUGUGUGCGAGGCCCAACUCGUGGCCUCAUACGCGGGCGUAUUAGGCCUCGCGCACGCGCGCCAAGCCUUUCUCUCUCUGCCCCACAAGGCCCUCGCCUCAUGGAACGCGCUCUUGGUCGCGUGCAUAGGCCAUGGCCAGGCGCGCGAGGCCUUGGACCUAUACGCUCGCGCACUUGCCCGUAGCUUGAGGCCUGAUAGCUCCACCUACACGCUUGCCCUGAAGGCUUGUACGCGCCUCUUGGCCCAUGAAACGGGACUCAUGGUGCAUGCGCGCGUUGCUAAGUGUGGCCAUGUGCGUGACGUCUUUGUUGGCUCCGGUCUCCUCAACCUCUAUGCGAAGUGCAGUCGACUCUGUGAAGCGCGCAGAGUGUUUGACGAAAUGACGAAGAGAGAUCUCGUGUCUUGGACUUCUAUGGUUACUGGGUAUUCACAAAAUGGGUUUGGAAAUGAAGCUUUUGCUGUAUUUCGGGAAAUGGAAUAUGAAGGAGUGAGGGCUGAUUCAGUGGUUAUGGUGGGCUUGGUUCAAGCUUGCACAAACUUGGGUGUUGUGAAAUUGGGUUCGUCGAUUCACGGGUACGUUAUAAGGAGAGACAUAAAGGUUGAUGUGGUCUUAGAGACAAGUUUGGUGGAUUUGUAUGUGAAAUUCGGGUUCUUGGAGCGUGCUCAAAGAAUGUUCGAUAGAAUGGAUGAUAGAAAUUUGGUUUCAUGGAGUGCAAUGGUUUCAGGCUAUGCACAAAAUGGGUUUGCAGCAGAUGCUAUAUCAUUCUUCAUAGAAAUGCAAGAGGAGGGGUUCUCACCUGAUGUGGUGGCACUUGUGAGUGUUCUUUUGGCUUGCUCACACCUCGGGCUUUUGCACCAUGGCAAGUCUGUGCAUUGCUUUGUCAUGAAAACCUUAGAAUUCGAUGUGGUUUCAGGCACCGCUCUUGUGGACAUGUAUGCCAAAUGUGGUAGUCUUGGAAAAGCUCACGUUUUGUUUGACCAGAUUAGCUCAAGGGAUGCCAUUGCUUGGAAUGCCAUGAUCUCAAGUUAUGGUAUGCAUGGUAAUGGUGAGGCUGCUCUUUCUCUAUUUACUCAAAUGCUAGAGACACCCAGUAAGCCCGACCAUGCCACCUUUGCUUCUUUGUUAUCGGCAUGCAGCCAUGCAGGCUUGGUGGAAGAGGGCAUGAUUUGGUUUGACAGGAUGGUGAGAGAGUUUCACAUAUCACCAUAUGAGAAGCAUUAUGCAUGCUUGGUUGAUCUACUCGCUCGUGCUGGCCAGCUUGAAAAAGCCUACAAUAUUAUCCAGUCAAUGGAGUUUGAGCCUGGGAUAAGUGUGUGGGGUGCGUUGCUUGCAGGGUGUCGGAACUAUAAGGAAACCAAAUUAGGGGUGUUGAUAGCUAAAAUUGUUUGUGACCUAAAACCUGAUGAUCCGGGCAUGUAUGCCUUGGCUUCAAAUGUUUUCGCUAUGGCCAAAAGGUGGGAAGAGGUGGCAGAGGUGAGGGCAAUAACGAAGAAGAUGGGGAUGAAGAAAACCCCGGGGUACAGCGUAGUGGAGAUUAAGGGAAAGCUACAUGGAUUUCUAGUGGAGGACAAGACCCACCCUCAAUACGAAAUGAUCAAGAAGGAAUUGGGGAGGUUGGAUUCCGAGAUGAGGGCAGUUGGUUAUAUGCCAGACACUGCAUCAGUGCUACAUGACGUAGCAGAGGAUGUAAAAGAAAACAUGUUAUGCAACCAUAGUGAGAGACUGGCUAUAGCAUUUGCACUUUUGAACACAUGCGCUGGGUCUAGAAUCCGAGUCACCAAGAACCUUCGGGUUUGUGGAGAUUGCCAUGUUGCUACAAAGUUGAUAUCGAAAAUUGUGGGUAGAGAGAUCAUUGUGAGAGAUGUGAAGAGGUUUCACCAUUUCAAGGAUGGUGCGUGCUCUUGUGGAGAUUAUUGGUGAAAACAUAGAACAAAUUUUUUAAGGGAAAAGAGUGUUUGUUGCACCAAAGCAAAUGGAUGCAAGCUACUGAAGUGAUGUGGUUUCUCUAACAUAGGAUUGCAAUGUCCAUGUCCAUCCAAAUGGAGAGUGUCAGAUAUCCUAGCAGAGGCAAAGGAUUGGUGUAAACAAUGAAAAAGAGGAGUGCACAUGAACUUCAAUGAGCCAAUGGAGAUGCCAAUCGGUUGGCUAAGCAUUAUCAGUAUGGAUGUAAUUCUUUUCUUUGUUUUCUUUCAUUCUUUUUGGGUUGUCCCAAGCAACGUGCAUUUAUUUAUGUAUUUUUUUUAGGUUCUGUAGGCAGGUGGGUAUUGGGACCCUUGAAAUCACAUUGUGGUAAACAUUCAAAUAUAAUCUAGGCGCUUGAAGACAGCCUGUAUUUGAUGAAAAUAUUCCUUCUCACACCAAAAUGUCUCCUUCUGACAAACCUGAUGCGAGGUCCAUUCCAUGGAAGACAUGCUUGCAAAACCCCAUUCGCAGCACCUCUGCCACUGGAGUGAGGGUCUCUGUUUCCUCUGCUGCUCUUGCUCUUUCUCAAGUGACAAAGCACAUUUUUUUACCACUCCUCCUUGCAGUCCGGUAAUUUCUUUUCACAUAUACAUGAUACAAAGUCAACUUGUCUCCCAAAAAAAAAGGAAAAAAAAGGUAUGAUCUAGAGGCAUCAAUGGUUUAUGAAUACAUUUGUCUCAAAAAGUGCAUGUGGAAUAUGGCCAUCAAAGUGCUCAAAUAUUUGGGAGGUUCAGAUUCCUCUUCCAUGAUUUAUUUUUCAAAUUUGGCUAGUUUGAAGCAUGUAAUGAGGAAUCUAAUGAUCUAUUCUUGGAUAUUUUGCUGG